UUUGCUUUUUUAUUAUGACAGUACAAUACAGUGCACUAUAUAAUUCUGUUGGCUAUUGAUUAGUCAUUCUAUGGUCACUGCUUAGACUGCAUGUGCUGCCAGCUAAAAUACAGAAAAGUACAGUAUGUUGCUUUCAAUGAACAGAAAUGUUUUACUACUGCUGGUCUUCUUCUGUUGUUGUCAUGCACAAAUGCAAGUCAUCAGAAGCAAGACUGAAGCAUUGCAGUUCAUUGCCAAGCAAAGGUAUAGAUAUAAUGCAAAAGCAGAGGAAUUACAAGCAAUAGUACAGGAUUUAGUUCUACAGCCUCUGCUAUAUUCGACACAGCAACUGGUAUCUGAGACUGCAUUGAAAGAUCAAGCCUAUGUUACAAAUGAAUCGCCUACUGAAAAAUCUAAAACAACAAGUGAAACAGGAAAAUUGUCAGAAGAAAUUACAAAAAUGACAGUGACAAAUUUAACAGUGAAACCUAUGAUAGUGACAAAUAUAACAAUGGAGACUACAAUGAUGACAGCGACAAACACAGCGAUGAAAGCUAAAACAAUGACAAUAAGUUCUGAAAUAACAGAGAAACCAGCAAGUCAGUGCCUUGUGGACUUAGAAACUUUUCAAUCAGACAUUUUAGUAGAAGAGCAUUAUGCUCAGAUGAUGUUAGAUUCAUUUGGUAAGCUCCCACCUGGUAUACUCCAAGGUAAUAUAUUGUGGCUUGGACUUUAUGAUCAAUGCUUAAAGCAGUCUAGAGAGGUCAACGACCAUCAAGCAAAUUUUACUGCACAAUACUGUGUAGUUUCACUUAUUAAAGACAACAAUCCACAACCUAUUCUUAAUGUUGGAGUAUGUGUUCCUGAUAGCUGCAACAGUGCUGACUUGAUGGAACUUUUGAAUAUUAAUAACGAAUCAAAUAUUACUGUGUCUGUCAUGUGCCAUAAGGAAUUUGAUUAUUCAUCCGGCGCUAUUGCUUGUUUAACAUUGUUAGCGUUUCUGGGUUGUCUAAUACUUGUGGGAACAGCAAUUGAAUCAUUCAACAAGUAUAAAGAGUUUGAAAUUGAAAAUGAGGGAUUUGAAAGGCUGGCAUCUAAAAACCAGUCAAUAUUAACAGAUAAUGAACAGAUAAAAACCAUUCCUUUGAAUGGACCGAUUGUCAGUGGGAAGAAUAAUGGAUUUUUUAUUCAAUUUCUUCUUUGUUUUUCUUUGUUGAAUAAUGGUAGUAAGAUUCUGAAGGCCAAGCAAGGGGAAAUAAGUCUAGGAGCACUUAAUGGUUUUCGAGUUCUUAGCUUAUGGUGGGUGAUUUUAGGGCAUUCUUAUGGGUUUGGUGUAGCAUUGUUAGCUAACCCUACUAAAAUUGUUGAUGUUCUUUCACGAUUCACAUUCCAGGCUGUUGGUAAUGCUACCUUUUCAGUUGAUUCCUUUUUCUUUCUCAGUGGCUUACUGGUAACUUACUUAACCUUAAAUUAUUUGCGAAACAAUAACGGUAAGCUGAACUGGGUGAUGUUUUAUGUCCAUAGAUACCUCAGACUGACUCCUGUUUAUAUGCUUGUUAUUUUCAUUUUUACAACCUUAACUCCAUACUUUGCAACUGGACCACUUUACUCGUAUAUAUUUGAUCCAAAUCCUGCCCCUGGUGUAGACACUCAAAUAACAUUAUGCCAAGAUUACUGGUGGACAAAUUUACUCUACAUCAACAAUCUCUACCCUCAACCUAUUCAGAAACAGUGCCUUGAUUGGGGUUGGUAUCUUGCUAAUGAUAUGCAAUUCUUUAUCAUCAGUCCCUUUAUUAUCUAUCUCCUCUAUCACUAUUUCUUUGCUGGAAUAGCUGCUUGGUGCAUCCUUCUGCUAACAUGUUUCUCCAGUUUGAUAGGAGAAACUAUCAAACAUGAUGUCACUACAGAGUUUUUCCCAGAGGAUCCCACCCAAAUAUAUUUUGUGGGUGAUGCAAUCUAUGUACAACCAUGGACCCGUAUUUCCACGUACCUUGUCGGUAUGGCUGUGGGAUACAUAUUGUACAAGUAUCGAGGGCGUGUUCGUAUGUCACUUUUUGUUACCUUAUUAGGAUGGGUGACUGCUACUGUGACUGGUCUUGCAGUUGUUUACGGUCUCUAUGGCAACUUCCAUGGCAACCACCUCAGUAAAGCUGGUACAGUUGUGUAUAUCACUUUGUGUCGGUUUGCUUGGGCCAUUGCUGUUGCAUGGGUUGUAUUUGCAUGUACCACUGGGUAUGGUGGGCCAGUGAAUUCCCUGCUUUCCUGGUCAGCAUGGGUACCACUUGCCCGCAUCAGUUACUGCGCUUACCUCCUUCAUCCAAUCAUCAUGUUUGUCUUUUCCUAUUCCCUUCCAACCACAGUUUAUUUUUCUGAUUUUUUGAUGGUGUAUUUUUUCCUUGGUCAUCUUGUGAUAUCAUAUGCUGGAGCGUUUGUUUUGUCAGUAUGUGCGGAAGCACCAUUUAUGGCAUUGGAAAAACUUCUCUUAAAACGUGAUAAAAGUGUGUAAAUUUAUAGUAAUGCUAUCAUUUCAAUUAUUUCAGUUACUGUUAGUUACUAUAGAUGGUUAAUGCUUUUGACAAAAUAAUAAUUGAUGUUUGUAAUAUAAAAUGAGUUUUUCAUUAAAUAUUUUAUAAAAAUGUUAACAUGGAAAUUUAAUGGUCAGUACUAAAACAAUUGUUUUUAAAUUGUUGAUCUUCAUAUUCAGAUAAAUCUGGAAUUUGAUUGGGAUUGGUAUUUUCAUAUUGUAUUCUUUUUAUAUAAAAUUUUACUAUGGUGAAUAAAAAGAUGUAGUUGCUAUAGGACAAUGUAAGAAAUUUUAUUAGCACCUAUAUAGUAAUUCAUCCACACAGUGGACUUUAUCAGGAAACUGUACAAGUGGGAUAAGUAAUAUCUGUACAUCAAGAAAUAAUAGAGAGGAGGUACUACAACAACAAAGUUGAAAAUAUAGAGCUAAAAUUAUUAAUUUAAUAAUUAGUCUUAAAAGUGCUAUUGCCAUACCUUGUGUUGUUAUGAUUUAAUUUUAUAGCAGAAUCAUAACCUUGUGAUAAUUUUAUCUUUUGUAUAUUUUUUUUUUCAUUUUGCUCAAUUUGCUUUGUUUUGUUAUUGAUUAGCCUUAGUUCACUCUUCACUUGAAAGCAAGUACUACUGUAUGUCCAAUAUAGUAAAUCCACACAUCUGUCAUUGUUUGUAUCUUUUAUGUAUUUCAAGGCUCUAAUAAAAUGAAGUUAAGGAAAUGAACAUCAA